GUAUAUACAAAUUCUAACGAGAGCAGGUUGAAUUUAUCUCUUCAGAAUACAUUUAUUACAAUUUUGUGAGGUUCAAGUAAAAAUGUUUGAUCUCUUUCUCUAGUAGGGAACAAAAACAAGCAAAACAAAGACCGAAUUGCAUUGAUUUGGAGGCCAUCAGCAAAGAGUUAAGCAAAAAUAAUAUAUCUAAUCAAGACCCAAAAAGGAUUUACAACCAUUUGGUGUUUUGAGCAAGCUUCACCCAUCUUGCUUCAUAUUGUUUGACUAAUCAAAAUUCCUAAUUGUUAUGCGGCAUCCUCCUGGGUAAAAGGAAGGCAUGCAUGUUGUCUGUAGGCGGAUCCAAAGACAUCAGCCAUUUUUGGUAUGAUAAAUUCAUGAGAGUACAUGGGAAAACUUACACAUCUGGAGGUCGUUCAAGCAGUUUUUACAGAGUAGAUUUACCUUAUUAUCAAGACAAGGUACAUUCUACAAAUGUUAGUAUUAGCAUUGGUUUAAAUAGACAAUGUGCUAAACUGACCUCCAUGCAGUCCAGUUGUCACACAGAGAAAACACUUGGUACAAUAAAACAUAAAUUAAAAAAGACUAUAAAACUAUUGGAGUCAAAUGUGAAGCAGGAGGGACAAGCUUUUAUUGCAACCGGUCUUCUCAGUUCCUGCAGACUUGAAUAAGUGAGGUGAUGCAACACAGUGGUAAACAUGUCUCUGUCCCAUCUUGUUGUGAAACAAGUUGCUGCCAUCAAACUUAAAAUGCAAAUGAGUCAUCUGUGUUUGAUUUCCUAAUAGGCCUACAGGAUUAUUGCAACAACUUUCAUUGAUUUUUAAUUUGAUUUGCAGACAAUCUCACUGAUUAUGAAAGUCAUGGGACCUGCACUAAAAGACUCUUGACAGAAAACAUUCAUUAGCAGUCCUAAUAUAUGUAAAUUGCUCGUUAAAAACUAGAGACGCUUUUUUAAAUUGUGAUUUAUUUUUCUAAUUGAUUCCAAAUAAAAGACAGUCCCAGUUCCACCUUAAGGGCUCCUCGGCGUGGGUGGGGGGUGGUGUUAUCUGCCUCUUUCUCCCUCCAGUGGCCAAACUUCUCCAACUUCUCCAGUCAAACCAGUCGUACUGUGUGCGCAUUCACCCAGUUGUCGUGACUGGUUCUGGUCAGAGCGUAUGGCUCGGUUCGGAAGUUUCUCUCUGGGACGGGUUUUAAUAACGUGAACCCGUGAGCACAGCACUCCCAGGACUUCGCUGCAGCCGAGAACUUUAUCCAUUAUGACAUCUGUGGAGAAGGAUGCAGAGACCUCACUGGACCCCCAGUUAAUCCAAAGCUGUGGGGACGUGUACAGAAACCCCACUGAAGUGCAGAUGAGUCAGAUCGUGCUGCCCUGUCAUGCCAAUCACUGCGGGGAGCUGAGUGUUGGACAGCUGCUGAAGUGGAUGGACUCCACAGCCUGUUUAUCCGCUGAGAGACACGCAGGUUGCUCCUGUGUCACCGCAUCAGUAGAUGACAUCCACUUUGAGCACACUAUAGGGGUCGGAAAGGUUGUCAGUAUUAUAGCUAAAGUGAACAGAGCCUUCACGUCGAGCAUGGAGGUGGGCAUUCUGGUAACCUGUGAAGACCUUUACACUGACCGGCACUGGAAGGUUUGCCACGCCUUCGCCACCUUUGUUGCCAGACGAACUGAAGCGGGGAAGGUACAGCUCAAGCAGGUGAUUCCACACACACAAAAGGAGCAGAUGGAGUACAGCUUGGCAGCAGAGCGGCGACGGAUGAGGCUCAUCCAUGCUGAGAUUAUCACAGACCUGCUGAACAGCAGCACAGCUCAGCUGGGAGAAUUUCAGGAGUUUGAGGACUCGGUGCUGGCUGAGCGGACUCGAGUAGAGAGCGUGGAGCUGGUUCUGCCGCCCCACACCAACCAUCAGGUCAGCACUUUUGGAGGCCAGAUCAUGGCCUGGAUGGAGAACGUGGCUACAAUCGCGGCAAGUCGACUGUGUAAUGCUCACCCAACCCUGAGGACCAUAGACAUGUUCCAUUUCCGUGGCCCGUCUCACAUCGGUGACCGACUGGUGCUGAAAGCCAUUGUUAACAAUGCCUUCAAACACAGCAUGGAGGUGGGAGUUUGUGCUGAAGCCUAUCAGGGCGGAGAACCUCUUCGUCAUAUAAAUAGCGCCUUCAUGACCUUUGAGGUGCUGGACGGUGACAGAAAACCCUGCACGUUACCACGGAUACGACCCGAGCCUGUUGAUGGAAAAAGACGUUAUCAAGAAGCCAUUGCCAGGAGGAAGAUUCGCCUCGAUAGAAAAUACAUAAUCUCCUGCAAGCAAACCGAAGCGCCGCUGUCUGUUCCCUGGGAUCCGAGUAACCAGAUGUAUCUGAGCUACAACAACGUAUCAGCUCUGAAACUAAUGGAUACCAGAACCAACUGGGUUCUAACAUCAGAGAAAAACAAGGUCAGACUGUACACACUGGAGGAGAACCACAUGCUGUGCAUCAAGGUGGAGAUGCACGUCAGCGUCCCAGCAGAGCAGGCCUUCUACCUCCUGUCAGACCUGAGGAGGAGAAAAGAGUGGGACCGACAUUAUGAGGAGUGUGAGGUGAUCAACCAGGCAGAUGAGGAUGACACCCUUUAUCGUAUAGUUACCCCCUCUGUCAGCAAAGGGGGCAAAGGGAAAGAUUUUAUCUUGUUGGCAUCCAGAAGAAAGCCAUGUGACUCCAGGGACCCGUAUCUGAUCGCUCUGCGCUCUGUCACUUUGCCCACUCACCCUCCCACGGAAGACUACACCAGGGGAGAGGUUCUCUGCGCAGGCUUCACUAUCUGUGAGGAGUUCUCUGCUGUCACCAAGCUCACCUACUACAACCAGGCCACACCAGGCGUCCUGCCCUACAUCUCCACAGACAUUGCUGGCCUUUCCUCCAGCUUCUACAGCAUAUUUUCUGCCUGCAGCAAGUUCCUGGAGGCUAACACAGACGGCGUCUGUGCUCAGCCGCCCUCUUCGUUUUAGCACAAGAAGUCCCAUUAAGAGAAUUGAGGAGCAUCAUCAUCUCACUGUUUCAAUUCUGCUAUGGAGGUGCUGGGUUCUGUGAUGAAAGCAGCUGGGCCUCAUGGAGAUGAAAGCAGUUGUGGACUUGUUAUUUCUGCAUAUUUAACAGAAGGAAUUAGUUCUGAAAAUGAACAAAGGAUUUUAUGCCAGGUUUUAUUGUAGCCAGAAUGUUAUGAAAACUUGUUUUUUGUUUAGAUUUAUUGAUAAAGAGCACAUGGUUGUAAAUAUGUAGCACAGAUUCAGGACUGACGGCCAUGUUUGUUAAUGUCAUGCCAGUUUAACUGAUUUUAAAAUGUUUUAAACUAAAAUAUCUGAGUCAUCUUAAUGCAUUUUAACUUAUUUAAAUAAAUUAAUUGGUUUAUCUGCACAUUUAGUGUUGGAUGAACACGUGUAUUGUAAAGAAAGUGUAUAGUUUUGCAGAAAUGCACUCAAAUUGAUUUUACAGUGUUAGAUGUGGCAGAUGAAUGAUUUAACCUGCAGAAUAAACAGUCAUCAUGCUGAG